UCAUGAACGAUUUAGAACAUGUUCGACCGCUAGCUCCGGCGACCAUUCUCCCGGUGAGCGACGAAUCCGCCUCCAACAUUAGAAAUAAUCUCCGUCGCAGAAAGCGGAUGAAUUGCUUAAUCUGCGCCACUGUAACAUCUCUACUUCUAAUCACGGUCGUGUUGACUUUAGUUUUCACGGUGUUCAGAGUCAAAGACCCGACCAUCAAAAUGAACGGCGUAAUGGUCAACGGCCUAGAUUCAGUCAUGGGGACUGAUCAGGCCCAACUCUUGGGAACAAACAUCUCGAUGAUCGUUGACGUGUCUGUCAAGAAUCCAAAUACGGCGUCGUUUAAGUACUCCAACACCACGACGAAUAUAUAUUACAAAGGAACGGUGGUGGGUGAAGCUCACGGGCUACCUGGGAAGGCGAGACCGCAUCGGACUUCGAGGAUGAACUUGACGGUUGAUAUAAUGAUUGAUCGGAUAUUAGCGGAUCCGGGUUUGGGUCGAGAAGUAAGUAGGUCGGGUCUUCUGAACGUGUCGAGUUAUACCAAGGUUGGUGGUAAGGUGACGAUGAUGGGGAUCGUGAAGAAGCACGUAACGGUUAAGAUGAACUGCACGAUGGCUGUGAACAUCACCAGCCAGGCCAUUCAAGAUGUCGAUUGCAAGAAUAAAAUCGGUCUUUGAGGUAUACGUACGUUAGGAUCGAUUUUCAGUUUUUUUUUUUUAUUGGUUUAUUUUUGUUUUUCAACCGUACAAGAGCGGAUGCUUCCAUGACAGAUCACUAUUUACAUGUUCUAUUCGUUUUACAUAAAUAUUUUUUGUUUUGAAAAUUCUGGUCAUUUGAUUAUCGCACAAUGAUAGAUGUAUAUGUUUUUAUAUAUUUUUCU